UAAUUUUUUUUUUUCUUGAAGAGAGAUUCACGGCCCCUUCUGUGCUCCAUGCUGUGGAGCGGCCGGGGAGGGAGGCAGUGGUGACGCCUGGCAGUGCGCACAGCAGAGAGAAGACUGACUUUGAAGGGGGCAGGCAGAGUGUGCGGGCAGGAAACAGCCAUUCAACAGAGCACAGAUCUAUACACGGCGAUUUAUAAAGUUGUAGUUAUCACAAAGCAGAAGGGGGAGUGUCGCUGGAGGAGCUCAACACGCCUGAAUCUGUGUUCCCGGGGCCGCUGGACCAAGCUUUAGCGCAUGUAGAGAGGAGGAGGGAGGAGGAGGAGGAGGGAGGUGGAGGGGGCAGUGAGUGAGUACGUUUCAGAGGAUCCAGGCCUAGUAGUAUUGCCGCUGGGACUCUCCUCAUCCGCUUUCAAAAAAUUGGAAAUUGGCACAUUUAAACGCCAAAAUGAGCAGGUUGAGGGUCACGGGCGCGGUGGCCGACACCGGAAUGGGAGGAACCAUGCCAGCAUGAGUGGGCCUUACCCAGGCCCUGGCAGGGAGACUCAUCAGUCCAGCUGCCCUUUGACCCCUUGUCGCGACCUCUCCACCCACUCCUGCACCUCCAGACACCAUGACCACAGGCUCGGGCUAACCAUGUCUGCCACCGCCUCCUCCCUCAAGCAUGCAUCCGUCUAUGGAUUCUCACACAGGGACCACUCGUCCUCCUCUUCUUCCUCUUCAUCCUCCUACAGUCCUCUCAGGAGGCUGCAGCACCUCACCACCAUGGUGAGCCAGCCUGACCUGGUCCUGCCGGUGAGGGAGCCCGAGAGGAGCUGGGAGUGGGGGCUGAGUAAGAAGGAGAGGGGGAAGGGGAUGGAGAGGGACUCCUGGGCUGACAGUGAUUAUUCUGGCACCCAGAACACCAACAGGGAGGAGAGCUUCAAUAGCUCCUCAGCUGGACCAAAACAACCUGUGGUCCAAACUAAAAGUCGAGACAUGCCAGCAGCCAAUCGCAGCGACCCUGUUGUCUCAGAGAAAAAGAACGAAGGUUGUUUCUCCGGCCCGCCCAGCCCGGCCUUCUCUCUCGAUAGCAACAGCCCCUUUGCUAACGGUUUCCUCCACUUUGAGUCCUCUUUGUUUGAGGAUGAUGACAAUGAUGAAGAGCGGGAGAAGGUGUCGCCUCUGGGAGGCUUGCAGGACAAACACGAGCAGGCGCGGAAUGUUCUUCCGUCCACCCCUGGACACUUGAAUUCGGACUCCAAGGAUGCUCCCCUGUCAUCCGCCAAGGUCAUCACCCGGUCCCAGUCCUCAGGUCAGCGCAGGAGAUACUGGGACGGCUCGGAUGACGAGUGGGAGAGUGACACCGAGCUGUUCCUACUCGAGGAUAGUCCCUCAAGGCAUUCACUGCCAAACAGCCUCAAGAAAAAGUCUUUGCCGCCUGUGAAGUUUGUGGAAGGUGAAGUUAUUUGGGCAAAGUUCAACCGAAGACCAUGGUGGCCCUGUAAGGUGACCGUUGACCCCGUACAGGGAAUCUAUCACCGAGUGAAAGAACCCAGUGACCGGCCCUGUCGGCUCUACCAUGUCAGGACCUUUGGGGAGCCUGUGGAACUAACCUGGGUGGAGGAAAAAGCAACUCACAGUUUCCAUGGAGGGUUUGAAUUUGAACAGCUGCCCCUACUGCGCCGGAGGGGGAAGCAAAGGGAGCAGAACUACAAAUACACUAUUGCAAAGCGUUAUCAGGACUCUUGGAAAUCCAGCGUGGCAGAAGCGGAAUUUUUUCUCCAAGAAAAACCCAAAACAGAUUCCUCCAUUCCUUCCUCCAUAGACGAUGCCUUCCACGACAGUCCCACAGUGGAGAGCGAGAAUAAGGCCCAGCCAACCUUUCUUCCCUCCCCUUCACCACUUCCACUUCCUGAGUCAUCGCACUUGACCAAUGGAUCCAUUUCAUCCCCAGUUACAAUUCCAGCAAAGCCAAGCACUUUAAGGAAAUCUGGCAAGAAGAAACCAAGUAAAUCGUCAAAGGACAUGAGUAGCAAACACUCUAAAAAGACGUUGCAUAAUAGCCCUGACCAGUCAGAUAGAGGCAAUGGAGAAUGCCCAUAUUCUGACCUCGACUCAGUCCCUAAGAUUUUGUGUCCUAAAGCACUUGAACGUCAGUCUAAGCUAGCUCCAACUCAGCCAUCCGUUACAGUUGUCAAAGAGGUGAAGAAGCAGCCAGAGAUUCAGAGUGGUCUGUGGUUCAGUAAAUCAGGCAAAGACAGACGACCCAAAACAACCAGUCCGAUGCCGGACCGCACUCUCUUUAGUAAGGUGCCCUGUAAGAAGAAGAACUCAUCUGUUGUAACUAAAAAGACACUGGUUCCUAGUGCCUCCUCUUCCAGUGGUGGGCUCAGUGACCAGUCAGUGUUGUCAGACAAGCAUAAGACUCCUGCUGAAACAAAUCUGUCACCUGAACAGUUGGGACAUUCAAAGUGUAAAAACCCCCUGGUUGCUAACAGGCCUUUUGGUACAGCUGGCAGUCCCACUGAACAGUCAGGACUGUCAGACAAGCAGAAGUCCCUCGUCUCUGUUGAGACUGGUGUGCCCUCUGACAAGUGUGGAUAUUCAAAGGGUAGACAGAUUGUCAGUAAUACAACUGACACUACUACUGGCUUGCUGUCUGACCAAUUAGAUAGCUCAGAUGUUGAAAAGGCCUCACAGCCGCCAAGCCCAGUCACUGUCAAUGACCAGUCCAACCAAUCCAGAUUGAGAGUUGGUCGAACUGAACAUUCAGACAUGAUGGCUAAUAAAAAGAUCCAUGUAACUGACAGGAUUUCUGACCAAGCAGAAGAAAAAGAAACUAAAAAGAGUCCAGGGUCCCCUUUAAAUAUUGACACUACUGACCCAUUAGUAAAGCUAGAAAAGCAAACAAGUCUGGUCUCGAAGUGUAGGCUGCCAUUUGUCAAAUUAAUACGCAAGGACAUAAAGGGUAAAAAGUUCCUAAAUUCCAGUGUAACUGUUAGCCCUGGUGACCAUCCUGGAUGUACAAAGAAUGAAAAAACACCAGGUACUGAUGUGACUAAAGUGUCUACUAAACAAUCAGAGUGGGUGGACGGCAAAGCAAGUGUCUCCCUAGAGCAGGUAGUCAGUUCAGAAUCAAUAAAGGUCUCAGUUAAGAAGUUGAAAGCAAGUGGUGGGACUGGUGUUCUGCGUCUCUCAUCAGAAUCAGGAAAAGCUAAAACUAUUGUUGCCUCCAGUGUGGCCAGUGUGUCUGAUGAGUUACGUAGCUAAGAAGCAGAACAGGUUUUAAAUGUGAGCCCUGGCAAUGUGACUUACUCAUCCUCUAACCAAUCAGAACAGCCAGAAGGAGAGAAGGUGUCUGCAUCCAAUGGAACAAGCAUGUCCUCUGAAGAGUUAGGCAGCUCAGAGCAAAACAAAACAUCUGCCACUAGUACAGAUUUUAAUGCAACUCCUCUGCUUUUGCACCGGCAUGGGGAUUCAGUAUGUAAGAAAGCUCAUGUGCCUGAAGGCCCAUCUUCUGCAAAAUCGAAGAAAGUCAUCCACAAGUCAAAGCAGGUUCAAGAAGAAGUCAAGAAAGUCCUUCUCCAUGAGCAGCCUGCCCACCUCCCAGCUAGCAGUCGGCUGAUGACCAGAGCCCUGAGGGCCAUGCAGGAGGCGGAACAGAAGAAGCGUGAAAAAGCCAGGAAGGAGGCUGAGCAGAAGGAACUCUUAAAUCCUUACAGAAAAGCUGAGGAUCUUGUGUGCAACACUGCGCGCAAGUCCAAACUGGACUUUAGCAAUAAAAUUAAAUCUCUUAAAUCUCAUCAUAAUGACAAUGGUGGGUAUGAUCAGGACACGUUUUCUAGCUGUAGCACUCCCUCUUUGACGUUUUCUGAUACGGUUGACUUCGAAGUUGAUGUCAAGAGCGAAGAUGAAGACCUCUCAAUAUCCUCAACUCCACCAAUGGACUUCAUACCCCUUACUUCUAAGGUAAAGGCCAAGAGGGAAGAUCAUUCCUCUGAUAUACACUUCUCUUCCUCGCCUCCCUCACCAUUUGCUUUUAUGAAUGCCUUUAAAAACGUGGAAGAGGUGUCCUUCCAGUCCCUGACAAAUGAUAGGGAUGGUAAACCCAUCUCUUUCAAACCAGAUGCAAACUACAAGUUCAGCACUUUUCUCAUGAUGCUCAAGGACUUGCAUGACACUAGAGAACGAGACGGGACCCCCUUAGAACUGGAAAUUGGGCCCCCAAGUGCACAUGUUAAGGAGGAACCUUUAGUGAUGCCUGGAGAGGUUACACUCACAGGCCAAGCUCAACAAAUCGAACAUGUUAAAAAUUCAAAUUCAAGUCUAGACAAAAUUGAAAUCAAACACAGUGAGGAGAGCACAAGUCAGGCGUCCAAGAGGCCCUACAACAGAAGGGGCAGUUCCACUGGCGUUAGAAAGAAAGCCAACCGUAAAGUGCCUUGUCGUCCUGCCAGGUCUGGACCUGGUUUCCCAGGACUGGAGUCCUUGCCAGCAGUAGACUCUUCAUCAGGAGUGGAUUGCUCAUCAAGAGUCCAGUCCCUGUUGGGCAUACAGACCAGUGGCUGGAAGAAGCAGCCUGGAGAUAGUGAAGGAGUGGUGGGGGAGGAGGAAGACAGGUGGAGCAGAAUAAAUGCGAAUCUACAGAACAUGGUGCCUUUGGAGCAGAGGGGGUGUGACACUACGCUGUGUCUGGAAAAGCCGAAUGGCCUUGUUGGAGGCUGCACUGAGACUAACACAAACUUUAUGUACAAGGCUGGAGAGGGCGACAAGGCUCCAAAAGCACAUAAACGAAUUAGGAAACCAAGCAAGAGGCUGAUUGAAUGGACUGAAGAAUAUGAUCAGAUUUUCUCCACCAGGAAGAAAACCAAAAAGCCUCUCCAGUUGAUUGGAAAGGCUGCUCAGCCCAUAACGUCCACGUCCGAACCCCCGGCAUUGGACAACAGCGCACACGACCACCCGUCCUUGAAUUUGCUUCCUGAAAUACAGACCCCACCUCCUGAGGAGAUCACCGCAACAACACCCUCUGAAAUACAAAUUCCCAGCACUGAAAACACAACUACCCAAGAUGCACCGGUGCUUUCCAUCGACACACUAACCCCUCCUCCUGAAGCUGACCCCUCGCUGUCAGAAGGCCUCGUCAAAGACAAUGGAAGUGCUCCUGUGCUGGAGAAGAAGCGGAAGAGGAAACCAACGCAGAAGAUCCUGGAGUACUGUCUGGAGGCCGAGGCCUCAACAGGCCCCAAGAAGAAGGUCAAAACACUGAAGAAUAAUUCAAAUCCUGUGGCUCACUCAGAUUCUGGACCGCCAUCUUUUAAAUCAAAGAGUAAGCAGCUCACAGCAGCCAGCUCCGCACCGACACCCACAGAAGCUUCCACCUGUGCGCCCAAAGAUCCCCCUCCCACCUCUCCUGCACCUUCCACUCCAGCGCCAAACCCACCCGAACCUGCCCCAGUGGAGACGGCGUCAGAAGGCAUAGAUGCUCCUCAAGCAGAGGACAAAAAGGACACAGCAGAGUCAGAGGGUGACCUGUCCGGCUUGGAUCACAGCUUCUCCUCCAUGAAGGAUGACUUGUUGCUUUGCGAUGAUCCACUUUUACCCUCGAGGAAGAUCAUUGGGGACCGAGGAGGUCCUGCCUCCAUGAAGGAGAAUAUAUGUCAGGUGUGUGAGAAGACGGGGGAGCUGCUGCUGUGUGAGGGUCAGUGCUGUGGAGCCUUCCACCUGCCCUGCAUCUCUCUGGCCGAGGCCCCUAAAGGGAAGUUUGUCUGUCCGGAGUGCAAAUCAGGCAUCCACACGUGCUUUGUCUGUAAGAAGCGCAGUGAGGACGUGCGGCGUUGUAUGAUUCCUGUGUGUGGGAAGUUUUACCAUGGGGAGUGUAUCGCAAACUACGCCCCAACCGCGCCUGUGAACCGAGGCUUCCGCUGCUCCAUCCACGUCUGUCUCACCUGCUUCAUCACUAACCCCAACAGCUCGUCCAUCUCUAAAGGUCGCCUGGUUCGAUGUGUGCGCUGCCCAGUAGCCUAUCACGCUACAGACCUGUGCAUGGCAGCAGGCAGCGUCAUCCUGUCCAACAACAGCAUCAUCUGCCCUAACCACUUCACCCCCCGCCGCGGCGUCAAGAACCACGAACACGUCAACGUCAGCUGGUGUUUCGUCUGCACUGAAGGUGGCAGUCUGCUGUGCUGUGAGUCUUGUCCUGCUGCGUUCCACCGGGAGUGUCUGAACAUGGAAAUGCCUAAAGGCAGCUGGUACUGCAACGACUGCAAGGCUGGGAAGAAACCUCGUUACAAGGACAUCCUCUGGGUGAAGGUUGGCCGUUACAGGUGGUGGCCAGCAGAGGUCAGCCAUCCCAAAACAAUCCCAGAGAACAUCCAGCGUAUGAGGCACGACGUCGGGGAGUUUCCCGUCCACUUCUUCGGCUCCAACGACUACCUGUGGACCUACCAGGCCAGGGUCUUCCCUUAUAUGGACGUGGACGCCAACAGCAAAGAGAAGAUGGGGAAAGGUGUCGAUGCCACCUACAAGAAAGCUUUGGAGGAGGCGGCUGUUCGAUUUCGUGAGCUGCAGGCGGAAAAGGAGCUUCGGCAGCUUCAGGAGGACAGGAAGAACGACAGGAAGCCUCCGCCCUACAAACAUAUCAAGGUGAAUCGACCAAUAGGAAAGGUUCAGAUAUUUACGGCCGACCUAUCAGAGAUCCCGCGCUGCAACUGUAAGGCAACAGAUGAGAGCCCGUGUGGGAUGGACUCAGAGUGCAUCAACCGCAUGCUGCUGUACGAAUGUCACCCACAGGUUUGUCCGGCGGGCGAACGCUGCCUCAACCAGGCAUUCACCAAGCGUCAGUACAGCCAGGUUGAGAUCUUUAGGACGCUCUCUCGAGGCUGGGGGCUCCGCUGUGUCCAUGACAUCAAGAAGGGUCAGUUUGUGAGCGAGUACGUCGGGGAGGUGAUUGAUGAGGAGGAGUGCAGGUCCAGGAUCAGACAUGCCCAGGAGAACGACAUCUGUAACUUCUAUAUGCUGACACUGGACAAGGAUCGAAUCAUCGAUGCCGGGCCGAAGGGGAACGAGGCUCGCUUCAUGAACCACUGCUGUCAACCCAACUGUGAGACGCAGAAGUGGACGGUGAGCGGAGACACCCGGGUGGGACUGUUCGCCCUUGUUGACAUCACUGCAGGCACAGAGCUCACCUUCAACUAUAACCUGGAGUGUUUGGGGAACGGGAAGACGGUCUGUAAGUGUGGAGCGCCAAACUGCAGCGGCUUCCUGGGCGUCAGGCCAAAGAACAACCCUCCGUCUGAAGACAAAGGUCGUAAACUGAAGAGGAGGGGCCACGGCAAGAGGAAGAACAAGGUGGUGGUGACCAAAGAACGAGAGGACGAGUGUUUCAGCUGCGGAGAUGGAGGACAGAUGGUUUCCUGUAAGAGACCCGGCUGUCCCAAAGUUUACCAUGCCGACUGCCUCAAUCUCACCAAGAGACCUGCAGGUCGUUGGGAAUGUCCGUGGCACCAGUGCGACAUCUGUGGAAAGGAUGCGGCGUCCUUCUGCGAGAUGUGCCCCAGCUCCUAUUGCAGCCAGCACCGCGACGGCCUGCUCUUCAUCUCCAAGCUGGACGGCAAACUGUGCUGCAGCGAACACGACCCCUGCGGGCCUGAACCGCUGGAGCCAGGGGAGAUCAGGGAGUACACCCCCGAGCCCAGAGCCCUGACCUCGGGGCUGGGCAUGGCCAUCAUCCCCUCUGCUACUCCUAACGCCAACACUAAUCAGAUCCCGACCGCCAGGAAGGUCCAGGAAAUCAGCAGCAGCGCCGGCACGUGUACCUCUGAGCCGCUUCCUGCUUUCUCCAUGCCGGUACCCAUCACUAUCCCCGUCGCAGCGCCCGCCUCUUCUCCUCCCCCUAGCAGCUCAGAUGCCCCCAGCAGCCCACCGGUGUAUGAGCUCCCACACUACUCGCCCAUCUCCUCAUAUGAGGAGGAGAGGGAUGUCUUAGAGGAGGAUGAGGAGGACGAGGAGCUGCUGGAGGAAGUGGAGGAUGAGUCAGAGGAAGAGGGUGAGGUGGGUAGGCAGAAAUCAGAUCCUCACGAAGAGGAUGGAGAGGAGGUGAUGGAAUACCUGGAGAUCAAAGAGGAUGAGGAGGAGGAAGAGGAGGACGAUGAGGAGGAGGAGGAGGAGGAGGAAGAAGAGGAGGAGGAGGAAGAGUGACGCACAGUGGAUUAUUAUUUACAGUGGAACAGAUUAACUGCUACACAAAAGCAGUCACUACAGCGGGGACGCAAAUGAAGAUUAACCAAUCACACGCAGCCCAGUCUGUCACUGUACCCAGCGAGCAGGUGGACGUACGGAGGGCUCUUUAGGACAAAACUAAAUCAACACAUAAAUAAAUUGUCCAUAAAUAAACAGCAUAAAUACUGUAUAGACUCAUAUAUACACAGACAGGUAUUACUGAUUUAGUUUUGUCCUAUGAGUCGCUCCUCGUGUGGUGACACAGUGACUUUGCACACACUGGCGCUGACUGCACCUUCAUGUGGGAGAUCUGACAAAGAAAAUUAUCUGGAACUUCUACAGACCGUAGAACUUGGGAUUUGUAAACAUAUUUCACGUCACUACUUGUUUUCUCACCUGCUGGUUUGUUUCAGUAUUUCUUCUCACUAGUAUUUCAGCAAGUUGACCUGCAAAAAAAAAAAAAAAAAAAAAAAAAA